AUGCCUGUCCGAUUUUCACUAGGUAGGAACUCUUUGGAUUCAACCGUUAAGGAUAAAGAACGAAAAGCCGACAAUAAAACUAAAAAUGCUGGUUUAUCUGGCACUUCCUCCAUUCCAACAUCUGUAUCAGACCAUCGUACAAAAUCGCGAAAAAAAAGUUCAUCAGAUCGUUCGAAAAAGUCAAAAAAGAAUAAACCUGAAAUUACCGCCUCUUCUCCUUCCGAUACCCCUACCCCUUUCUUCAAAAAAAAGGGAAUUUUUUAUACUAAAUCCCGUGCUAAGCAUUCUUCCUACAUUAAUCAAGAUUCUUCCUCAGAAAAUACUGAAGGAAGUUUGUCUCAAGAGUUCCCUGUGGAUCAUCAAGAACAUCAGAUUACAUCCCCUACGAAGAGCAGAGACCCUUCUGUUCCAAAAAUCGCGACUGAUGUCCCUUCAGAGUCUCAGGUUACCAAGUCUCCUCUGAACACACAUUUUCGUCCCCGUACGUCCCGUAGCUUCUUUCGACUUCCAAUAUUUUCAAGAAGAUCUUGGAAUUACGACCAACCAACUGAGAAUGGUAGCCAUUCACUUGGUGAUACAUCAUACUUGCAAAAAGAGGAGGAGCCGAAAGUUAGCAAUAGUAAGGAUACUUCAGUGAACGAUACAGAUCGUUUAGCAGGUUCUUUGAAUGACUCUAUAUCUUCAGCAGAAGAGAUUAACCAUGAAAACCCCCCAUUCUUGUCACAGGUUGGUGGACGACCGGGCACCGAACGAUCUUUGUCAUCCAAUUGUCUUGAACGUAAUAUAACAAAUAGUCUCGUUGACUUUGAUCCUAAGCAAAUUCGAGAUGAUUCAUCUUCAUCUACUCAAUCAGUUUCUUUACCUAAAACACCUUCAGAAGGAGGAAGCCCUGUUAGUUCUCCCGAUAACCCACAGAGAGCCUCCAGAGCAAGACCUAGAAGCUCCACCAUACCUUCUCAACGUACCAUUGAAAAUUAUCGAGAAAGCCGUUCUAGCCUUUUCAGUUUUCGAACUCUCAGGAGAGAUGGCGACGAAAGCCUUGCUCAUGUGCUUGAGCAUUCCACCCUUUUCUCCGAUUUAAAACCAAAUCCUAAUAAAUUUUUGUCUUCCGUACCUAGUCUAGAAGACUGUGAUACCGCUCAGAGUUAUCUUAGCAAGCUCCGAGCAACUGUGCCGUACAGUUUCAUGAUACCUGUAUUGGCUGAAAGAGAAAACGAAGUUCUGUCUGAAGCUCUUCAUUUGUGUUUGUGCGGUAUGGAUUUUUCUUGCAGACCACUCGACUUCUGCUUGCGUUUAUUCUUACUCAAAUCUCAUUUGCCCAAAGAGUCGCAACAGAUCGACAGAGUGAUCACUGCGUUCUCAAAGCGUUAUUACGAAUGCAAUACCGAUAUGUUUAGCUCUGAAGAUCAAUGUUACAUUUUGGUAUUUUCGUUAAUAAUGCUUCAUACAGAUGUCUUUAAUGUUAAUAAUAAACACAAAAUGACAAAACAGGAGUUUAUCAAUAUUUGUAAAAUUGAUGAUUUAACACCUGAAAUUUUUGAAUACUACUAUGAUAACAUUACUUACACCCCAUUCGUCAACUUGGAUGAUGAACUCUUUCUUCUCGAGAAGGAAAAAGCUGAAAAGUUUUACACUCCUUCUCGUAAACGACUGGGCUUAUCUCCCUACACGUUUACUUUGGAAAGUCAGUUGAGUACCCUGCGAAAUGAAGCUCCUAUUUCAUUUAACGAUAAAUAUAUAACACCAGGCAUAGAGGAUUCAAAGUCUUUGGCAGGGAUUCAGAAAAGAAUUUCGAAAUCUUCUAUAUUACAAUUGGUGUCUCACCGAUCACACCCAAUGGCGUUUUCCAAUCACUUUAUAGGAUUGCCGGACAAUUCAGACCCCGGAUUGGUUGACUUCAGUAUCAGUAUGCUUGGUAUUUUACCGCGGUCUGAAAAAAAAAGGAGAGUAUCAGGCCAUUCUUCUUUCAAAGAGCAUCUGAUUCUCUUGACUGCAUCGAGAAUGCUCUUCUUCCGUAAUUCGGCUUGGGCUCGCGACUUGGUUUCUCAGCAAGAAAAUUACGAACGUGCAAUAUCAAAAACGAAAAGCUCUAGUAAUAUGACAUUAGCGAGCAAUGCAACGACUCCAACCAUGAAUGACUUUAGUGGGACGGACUCUUCCCCUGAUUCCCCCGACGAACCCGCACUUGUGUUUUCUCCACCCAUCGAACAGCUGUCACCGGAAACUACUCACUCACUUGACAAUGCUUUUGCUUAUUGCGACCGAGAAUGUAUUGGUAAUCCACCUCAUAUGUUUUACGUUCUUUUGCGAGAUGGUUCCAUAGAAACUUUAAUAGCGGCUACCGAGGAAUGCAUGAUAGAAUGGAUUUCUAGGAUUAACUACAUAGCGACAAUUCGUACAGCUGGUUUGCGCAUGCCUUUCUCUGAUUCGUACCUUCCUCGAAGAGAUUUCUCAUGUUACCCAAAAGAUAUGGAGCAGGAAUUGGCAGCUAUUGAAGUCCAACUGGAGCAAGAUAUGGAACUUGCUCGUAAACGCACCAUUAAAACACGCACUGAUCAACUAAAGGAAGAAUAUAAUCAACAUUUAACAAAGCUUUCGAUUUUGCAGAAAAACGCCAAAAAUCUAUCUGUGUGUGCACCGAUGCAACCAAAAACACGAGCUGUUAUUUUGCAAGCAUACAAAAAAUUUGAAACGAAGAUCCAGUCAGUAUACUUGAACAUGCAGAAGGCUACGACGCAGCUAAAAAUUUUGGAAUUUGAAUUUCAAGUUGAUCAAUCUCGUUCUCAUGUCGAGUCUAUGAAAAAGACCUGUUCUCCUCGAAAGGAUUACCAUAGUACGAAAUCAAGAGCAAGAGGUAGCAUUACCGAGGAAGAGGGUUCUUUUGUUUCGGUGUUUUCUAGCAGUCCUACACCAUCUGAUCUUAAGGAAUUGGAGUGGAAAGACAAACAUGAAAACAAGGAUUUAAAUAACGAAGUCGAAAACGCUAACGAGAAAGAUAUGUCAAAUGAUCGAAAGCUACACUCAAAUACGAACAGUCCCAGGAAAAUGAAUGCUUUGAAGUUACAAAUUAGCAACCAGCGAAAUGAUUUGGAUGAUACCGCUAGUCUAGGCUCUGUUACUACAUGUCUCGAUUACUGGCAACCUUUUGAAGAAGAACGUGAAUAUUUCUCGCCUUCACCGAGUCCAGGAGGACAAGAUGCGGUUCACCACGAUAUGGAAGAGAGUUUCUAUGACCCAAUGACCGACUUAUCGAGACGAAACUCAAGAGCAUCUCACGAAAGAUGA